AGUAGAGUGUGGAUAGAGCAAGGAUCCUCCACCGAAAACCACGAUCCCAACCGACAUGGAGCGACAGCUUGCAAUUACCAUGACAGAUGUCAAUUAUUCUGUUGUGUUCGACUUCGAAAAGAAAUUUAACGACAAGAAUUUUAAUGAAUAUAUGAAGGAAAACUGGAUGGACAGCAUUAUAUACUCAGUGUUGUACAUGCUGUUAAUUUUCGGAGGAAGACAUUUCAUGGGCACGCGACCACGGUACGAGCUCCGCCCAGCUCUUGCCAUUUGGAGUGGUACUUUGGCCUUAUUUAGUAUAGCUGGCACUAUAAGAACACUUCCAGAAGCUAUUGCGGCUAUCCGAAAUCACAGCUUACAAUAUUCUGUGUGUGUGCCAAGUGUCUACUUCCAGGACGUCACCAAGUUUUGGUCCUGCAUUUUUGUGGCAUCAAAAGUUUUUGAACUAGGUGACACAAUAUUCAUCGUCUUACGAAAACAGCAGUUGAUAUUCUUGCACUGGUAUCAUCACAUCACAGUACUGAUCUACUCGUGGUACAGCUAUAAGGAUUACAUCGCGCCAGGCCGCUGGUUUAUGGUGAUGAACUUUGUUAUCCACUCUUUCAUGUAUUCGUAUUAUACCCUUCGAGCGCUCAAGUUCAAUGUCCCAUCUUACGUGAAUAUCUUCAUCACUGCAAUGCAACUGACGCAGAUGAUUUGUGGAUGUGCUAUAAAUGUUUGGAUUUUCCAAAUCAAGGGUCGUGGGGAAACUUGUCAUCAGACUUAUGGUAACAUAAAUCUCUCGUCAUUAAUGUACUUUAGCUAUUUUGUACUCUUUGCACAUUUCUUCUAUUCAACUUAUGUUCUGAAGAAAGACCGUGGGAAGGUAAAAAAGAGCAUGUAAUUCUCAAAAAAACCAAAAGGAACAGUAACUUGCCAUUGUCAGAGUAUCAGCCACCUGGGGAAUAUUCUCUGGAAUAACUCUGAGAGUGUGAACAGUACAAAUUGCUGGUUGACAUGUGCUUUUUAGCCUGAGAUAAGCUUAUUGUGCAAAGCUUUCAGAAGGCUUACCUAAUGCAGUAUAUGAACAAUUCAACACCUGGUAAAUGAACUUGGUUUCAGGGACCCCAAGCACCAAGAGUAUUCUCAGGUUUUAACACAAUAUGCCAUUAUUUUAGUUUCAUAAGUUAUUAACAAGAAGCUUUGUUGGUAGAAAGUUGUCCAGAUGUGACUGAGUCUUUUUAACAUAUCCUUUAUGGAAUAUUUGGUAUAGCUACAUAUACUUUCAUGUACUACAGACAUAGUUGAAGGUAUUUGACUCAUCCAAGUCUAGUUCUCAUGUGCUUCCAUUUUGCUAUAGAUCCAGUAUAUACUUCACACUGUUAACAUUUGUUGGAUUUGGUUGCACAAUGUGCUGAACUGAAAGAUAAGAAGGCCUCGUGAUGAUAUGGUAGAGAAGACCUUCAUUAGUACUUUAGAUCUUCAGUGUUGAGCUAUGAAGUAAAUGUUGCUAAUGCAGAUACAAGUAAUUUGCAUUGGAAAUAAUUCUCGCUUUGAUUUCAGAAACCAAGCAUAGGUGUGUUAAUCAGUCAGUUUUGACUUACCAAUAUGCCAAUCAGAAAUGGAUACAGUAAUUAGAUAAUCUUACACCAUACACUGGCUUAGUUUACUAACUUUAUACUAAUAAUAGGUAUUCUAUAUACUUUUUUUUAAUUAGGAGCAAUACUAUAAAAGUGUAUUUAUAUGUCCCUGGCAAAUUGCAGCUAUUUCAACAUACCAUUACCCCUUGACAAAAGUGUUUCUUUUGCAUUUAUUCUUGAUUUUAUUAUUUUGUUGUUGUUGCAGACAAUGGUUUGUGAUGUGUAUAGAGUUUAUAUCUUUAAUUUCAAUAUUUUCUUGUCUUGGUUUGCGAGGCGGAGGAGGGUGGGAGUGAGAUGGUAGUGGGGUAUAUGUCAGAUUAAAUAUUUUGUCAUAUUAAAUGAUCUAGUUUGUAGAUUCAUAUGCUGUGCCAUUUCCGGAAUGGAAGUUGUCAAUAACAGUAAGUUAUAAUAUUUUGCUAUGAAAACAACCCAGCUCUCAAUUGUGAUAAUUGUUUUGUUGGGCAAACAAAUGGAUCUAAAGGUGAAUCUAAACCAGUGGGAGUAGCUUUUUAUUGGGUAGGGAGCAGUUUUGACAUUGUCUUUAUAACCAAGCUGUGCAUGCAAGACAUGCUUGUUUCAGCAAUUGUAAGUGGGUCACCCCUGUGCUGUCUGCCACGACUGAAUUCUACAGGCCAUGUUAACUGCCAAAAGUAAAAUUAUAUUUGAAGAUCAAGAAUAACUUCAAGAGAAAAGGUUUACAUAUCUAAACUGAUGUAGGUGUACUUUUACAGCGAGAUGUGGAUAAGUUGUAUUAAGUAGUAGUAGUACGCCUCAGUUCCAUACAUUCUGUUAGUCAGUGUCUGUGUGUGCAUACUUGCUCUGGGAGAAUUGCUCUACUGUGACUGUCACACCCGGCUAGGCAUUAAGUCAGUUAGCUUUCUUCCAGAUCAACAUUUAGUGCCAGGAUCUGACAUUUUGCGUAAUAAAUGUGAGCUUUUGUAGUCAGAGAAAUUGUAACAUCGUCAUUUCACAAGAGGAUAAGGAAAUUAAUUGUACUGUCGUAUGUAUAUAAGCUUGACAGUUAAAUCAUUAGUUCUGUACUGCCACCAUUCUGUAUAUGUUUCAUUCAGUCGUACAUAAGAGACUAUCUCUGAGUGUUACACUAAUGAUGUCACACUCUGCUGUUCAUUAUUUCUGUAGGCCCACUAUUCAAUACAUGCUUCAUGUAGCCAUUCAGACAGUCUCUAGUUAUGUUACACUAGUCUGCUGUCACACUGAGCUGAUGGAACUUUAGACUAUGCUGAACCUGUAAGUCCAGGCCCACAUUGGCAUUGAUGAGUGUUUACAUGAACCAGGUAUUAAGAACAGUUUGUGAUGACAGUUGAUGCACAUCAUGGUGUGAAUUCUGAUGGCUGUUACCUACUUUUUCUAAACCGGGAUCACAAUAUAAGGUAGUGUGUGACUAAAAUCAUCAGAUUUCGUUAACAUGAAAAUAAAAGUUAAUAAGCGGAGUUGGCAUUUCAGAUCUCUGGAGAGUUCAUGCAGGUUUGGUCAUAACAGGCAGGGGCUUUCGCACGCUAACAUGGCUGAAAGACGUGAUGUUAUGGGAGCUGCUAACAGCACCGUUGAGCCAACAGACACGCCUAUGCAAGAUGUAUACUCAAUCUAGCAACUAGAAACCUUAUCUUUUAGCAGUGUUAGUUUAUGAGAGCCCCCACCUUGUCUCGCCCAAACAUGCGUCCACUUGCGAGACUUCUGAAAUGCCAACUAGGUUUAUACUGAAUCUGCUGGGAACAGAUACCUGUCAUUGACCGCAAGCAGAGAUCCUUGGAAUAAUGUAUUUAAGUUACUGUAAAUCAUUGAUUCACCCCAUGUACCUUACCACAUUUGAACCACUAUGCAUUUUUAAACCACUAUAUAUGGUAUAAUUUUAACUGUAUGUACUAAUGAAUGGCAUUACAUGUACUCAGUGUAAAGUAUGAGAUGGCUCAAUGUUUUUAAUGUAACAGUUCAAGCUGACACAAGCUGUAUACACAGCGGUGUAGCAGCUUCAUGGUUUAUACCUACACAGUUGUUUUUUCAUGUAAUACACAUAAACACGUCUAAUUAAAUUUGACAUUGUAUGUGUACAUGUAGAAGACUUCCUUGCCCAUAAGGAAUGGUGGCUUAUAUUGUAAUUUCGUUUUGUAUAUGUCCUGUUCUAGUUAACAUGGAUGAAUUUCCCAUUAUCAGUCAUGUUUGCUUGAUAAGGGGUGCCAUGGAUAUCAAAGGAAGGCAUACUGAUAUUAUGCUGUUUUAUUUAAGUAAACAUCUGAGGCGGUUAGCACGCCAGCGCGACGCAAUGACCCAGCAGUCUUUCACCAAUGCCGUCGCUGUAAGUUCAAGUCAAGCUCAUGCUGCCUUUGUCUCUGGCUGUACCUGGGAAGUUCUGCCAGCAGCCUGUGGAUGGUCACGGGUUUCUCCUGGGCUCUGCCCGUUUUCCUGCCACCAUAAUGGUUGCCGCCGUCCUAUAAAAGAAAUAUUCUCGAGUACGGCGUAAAACACCAAUCAAACAAAUACUUGUAAGUAAAUAAAUUUAAGUAAACUUAAUUGUAAACCAGGAAGUGCAACUGUUGUCGUACAUGUAGGAGACAAUUGGUUAAUUUUAACUUUAAAAGACGAGUGUAGUACAUGUACAUAUAGGUAAUGUAUUUGUUAUUGUGGGAUUUAAAGCUGAGGUGUCAUCUUUAUAAGUUUAGGAAUCUGUUUGAGCCAUAUUCUCUCUUCCCUCCUCUCACCUUGCAGUAUUGGAUUGACAGGACAGCAUUUAGAUCAGAUUUAUUUGACACGUUUUUAGUCUUACAUUGAACAUUCUCAAGCAAAUUUGAAGGUUUGGCUAGUAAUUCAGAAUUCAUUGAUCAACCAGAUAUUCAAAUGAUGUUUGUGAUUCAUGACUAAUGCUUAAUACAUUUUUGUAAGCUCUUCCAAACAUUCCACUGUUGUCAAAGCUAAACCAAAUUUGGAAAUGUCCAUCAAAUAUCUCCAUUCUUCUUGUGGGAUUAGAGCAAGCCAGAAAAUAGUGGGAUGGUCACGUUUCCAAGGAACUUUAAGCAUUUACCAUUCUUCCUUGUUUUUGAACAAACUUUUAAGGAUACCAAACAAUGUAUUCUCAAUUUCAUGUGUAGAAAAUACUGUUGUGAUGACUUGUACAAAAUAAGUACAUGUAGUUACUAGUGAAAUGUAAAACUACCUUUUUUUUCAUUUUUCAAAUAUUUUUGAUUGUAUAAGAAACAUUGCAUCAGUCUGGAUAUAUAUUUAAAAAAAAAAAUGUGUACAUGUUGCUCUUGACGGGUGUCCUCAGAUGUAGGGUGAACAUUUAUCUUGGUCCCGUGUGUCUAUGCAGACUGACCUGCUGCCUUGGUGACUUACUUUGUGAUACAUGUGUCUAAAUGUUUAGGAUUAGCCACAGAAAUGUUUGGUCUUGUUGUCUACUGAGGUCAGCCAAUAGUCCCCACACAGAUACAGAUACUGCAGUAGGCCCUCAUGUGACAUGGCAUAUGCAGAGCUCUAUGUAGAUAACGUUUUAACCACAGUAAUCAUGAAUGUGUUUAAUACUUGGCUAUAUGUGUUAAUAUAUUUACAGUUCCGUACUGUUAAAGAUUGGGAUGAAACUCGAGAUAAUGUUCAAAGUGUUUUAAUUUGUUGAUGAAAAUGUGACGAUUCAGUGCGUUAAGGCAUAGUCAUAGGGAAAGUUCUGCUUUUUCUAUUAUGGAAGAUUGUACAUGUAUUCACAGCAGUAAUUGCACAUAAAGAUGCGUAAAUCAGGUUUAGGCUGUGCCAGAAGAGAGCCAGUGGUUAUCAAGUCGGUGGAUCAGUGUAUUGUAGGACUCCCUAAUGGAUAAGCCAACGGAUAUUCCUAUGAGAUCGUUGUGCUGGCAUGCUGAGCUCUGUGAAGAAAAGUCUUGUGUAAGAGUCUGAGUUGUAUGAGUCAGCAAAUGGGCACAAAAAUGUUUGUGGACCAAGUUAUAAAUCCAUUGAUUUUUGUCCCAAAAUUAUAUGUGUUGAUCAUGUUAGUACAACAAUCUUGACAGUAUCUUUAGAAACGGCUCAUUUCGGGUGGUACUCUACCCAAUCAACAUAAUACAGUCUGCUCACGGUGCAGCAUGCCAAUUCCUUCAGUCAUCUUUCCAUUAUUUAAUACAGAAAGUUGCUAAGUCUGAUUCCUAAUGCUGUGACCUACUCCUGUUAAAUCAUUCAACAUUCUUCGAUAAGCUACCAUGAUUUCGUUUUUCUCCAAAUGAAAUUAAAAAUACUUAGUAAUGACUAUGUAUGUGUGUUGAGACCAGAUAAACUGGAUUAUUUGUAGUUUAAAAGAUAUAAAUGUACGAAGGUGAUCUUCAUAUUUCAGUUAAUCGACCAGUUUAUAUAUCCUCGCUCUUAGUGCUAGUUGUCGUUUUUAUAUAAAUGUAAGUAUUUUAGUGUGUGCCACAAUUGUUUAGAAUUUUCAACAUUAACUGAUGAAGUUAAGAGCUUAUUAUUGUGAUUGUAUAUACACACUUUAAUUUUGAUGGCGUAUACGUUCAUUCCAGUGGGUCAUUAUUUUUCCCUGGUGGCAUCCACCCUUGUGUAAGUCCUCAUCCGGUGACCAAAAUUUAGGACUAUUUUGUAAGUGAUCCCCCGGUUUAAAGACUAAUUUAUUGGCUUAGUGUUUAUUAUAUCCACUAGUGCUAGGCUGUAGUUAGACUAAAUAAGUCGCCAUGACGUAAUCUUUGCCAUAAUAUGUUUCCUUGCACAGGUACUGUAAGUAUGUCUCAUGAUAUGUCUACACUUUUCCUAUGGACCGCGUUACCGGUAAUAAUAGAUAGAACAACUACUGCAGCAGAAAUGCGUAUAAAGACUGUAAUGCAGUGUACAUGUUGUGUUAACCUGCAAGAGCUGUGGAACGCCUUGAUAUAUAACCUGUAUUAGAAUAUAUUGUCUUAUUUUGGUGACGAGUUCGCUUGCAUAUGUGUGAAUAGUGUCAUUUAUAAUUGUUAGUGUGAAAAAUACUUGUAUAAGGUAUAUGCUAUUAGUAAAUAAAUCCUGUACUAAUAUACUGAUCAAUGAACAUGUGAUUUCAGAAAAACUUUCCUUG